AUGCGAGAAUUUAGCCGUAGGAAUCCACCGACGUUUGAUGGGACAAAUAGUGACCCUCUUGUGGCCGAUCAUUGGUUAGCACAAAUCCGUAAACUUUUCAAUGCUCUUAAGAUUACCGAAGAUGAUUUACGACUGAAUAUCUUGGCUGUUCAACUUAUCGGGGAAGCCAAUGAGUGGUGGGAAUCUGUCCUAGAAUCUAGGAAGGAUGCGAGGAGAGCGGCAAGGACCGUAGCUCAAGUAGAUGAGCCAGACGUUGAGAAUUUGACAUGGGCAGAAUUCGAGGCGUUAUUUGAGGAGCAGUAUUUUCCAGAAACUAGCCGUGAGCAAUUGACGGACCAAUUCGAAAAGUUAGAGCAAGGAAGCAUGACCGUGUCGGAGUACGCACAAAAGUUUCAGUCUUUAUCUCGAUUUGCGCCAGAGUUGGUGGCGACGGAGGAAAGGAAAUGUAGACGUUUUGAGAAGGGGCUUCAUAAUACCGUGAGGAGAAUGGUAAUGGUGCAACGUAAGACAAAAUACGCCAAGGUUGUUGAGUGUGCGAGAAGUAUUGAGAUACCAAAGGAAGCGCAGAGGAAUAGGGGAGUUUGGGAACCGAGGCAACAAGUUGGGAGUGUGAGUUCGUCGUCGGGAAGCUUUGGGAGUCAAGGACGGAAGAGACAGAGGGAACCAUCUCAGCAACCAUCUAAUCAAUCCAACUUUAGGGUACCUUCUUCUUCAAGGACUCGGGGUGUUUUGUCUAGGCCUCCGUCUGUGUGCUACAAGUGCAAUCAACCUGGACACAUUCGUGCUCAGUGUCCACAUCUCCAGAAGGCUUGUUAUGUUUGUGGGAAGAUGGAUCAUCUCGCUAGGAAUUGUCCUCAGGGGUCGAUAGUGCAAAGUGAGUCGGGUUCCGGGCAGUAG